AUGACUACCUUUCAUCUCCACAAUCGCUCUGUUUCAGCAGACUGUCAUGGGUCGUCGUCGCUGACCUUUGCUCUACAGGCUUUGCUCCAUCGUCAUGAAAGUUAUAUGGCCGAGGCGGAAGACGAUCGCCGGCGAUUACUUGAGAAUGUCGAUGCACUCGAGCGCGAAAAGCGCCAGGUCCAAGAAGAGAAUGCGCGCAUUGUUGAGGAGAACCGAAGUCUUCUAGAGCAGCUUGAUGGUUUAAACAAGGCCGUCGUUGACUCAGAUGACCAUGUACGGUCGCUUACUCUUACUUUGGAAAGCACACAGUCGGAAUUACGCAGAUUAACCGUUGCUGCAUCCCGUGCUGCCGAAUUAGAGAUGCAAUUAGCAAUCAUGGAAAGUGAGCAGUCGAAACUGCAGGACAGUUUGACAUCUGCCCAGGAGGACGAGAAGUCUGCUCUUCAGCGCUGGCGCAAUGCCGAGAACACAUUACGAGGCCUUCAUGAUCAGGUUGAGCGCAUUGAAUCCGAAGCUCGCGAGGAACGCGAAAGACACGAGGAACUGGUGGAGCGAAUGGAGCGAAAGCGCAAUGUGGAACGUGAGCUUGACAAUGCAGCCGUUCGAUUGAAAGGUGCUGCCGCGACGUCCGAACUUGGCCGCAAUCCUGGUACCCAGGUGGUCUCGCGUUUUGUCAAGGAUAUCUUGCAAGAUAAUGCAAAUCUGCAAGUCGGUAUUAUGGAGUUACGUGAGAUGCUUGACAACUCCAAUCAGGAAGUACAACAUCUUCGAGACCAGGUUUUCUCUCAUCAGCCGCUGGAAGGUGUGGAUGAAGAAAGCAACUCUCAAGUUGCGCCUAUGACGACGUUAUCCGAAGAACUAGAGACGAAAGAGUCAAAAGAACGCCGUGUGUCACAAGAAUUUCACAUCCACCAUCACUAUCACACACCGACAUCCUCAAAAAAGGACAAAGGCACUGCCAAUCGUCGUGUCAAGAAGAAGAGGCCUUCGCUGGGAAGCCCCGUCCCUAUGCAUUCAGCCGUUGGCACUCAUUCCCCUCGCCGUUCUAUUCAUCGCUCCCAAUCAUCAGGCUCAUCCAUGAACACCAUCUUAUCCCAAACCUCCGUCUCUAUUCCGCCACAAUCCUCAUCGCGUCGAUGGUCACUACAAUCACCACCACUUCCGGCCGAUUCAGUGGCCAGUUCCCCACAGUCUGCAUUUCGUACCUCUUCCAUCUUUGACCGCGUCGAGCGAGGGUAUGAUUUCUCUCAACCCACUAGUCCCGAUAGCACAGUCUUCUCGUCUCCAAUUAUGGAAGCGUAUAAUUCCAAAGGCUUUGACCCCCCAUCCAGACCUUUGGGUGGCUUCGACAAUUUUGACUACACGCCCCACGAAGAUUCACCUUUCAACGGGGACCAGUAUGAUCGGCCUGCAUAUCUCGAUCUCUGCGAUGGCAUUGCGACGCACCCAGCUAUUCCGGAGGAAUCAGAAUCUUCACCACCCUACGGAAUAUACGCUCAAUCAUCCGCAGAGCGACGCUCUUCAGCAACCGCCGAGGAUGUUCUGGGACUACAAGCCCCCUAUACACCUUCCCUACGGAAGUCCACAUCCCACGACAGCCUCCUCUCCGUCGCCGGGAUGGACAUCCACACCCCGAUCAGCCGGCAACCACGCAUGGGCGACUGGCAUUCGGGCAUGCGACUCCCCCAACGCCUCAUGUCCUCUAGUAUAUCCCUGGCUUCCACGCCUCCAGUCAUCUCAGCGCCUACAGUCACUGCCGAUCGAGCCAAGGGCCCUGAAAAAUCUUCCCGCUCCCUCCUCGCUUCAAUGGCAGCAGCAAGCACAUCAGCUACGAUUCUCCCGUCUGACUCUGCUUCUAUUGCCUCCGCAGACAGCACCAGCACCUCCUCCACAACACCUACAAACAGUCGCAAACCCUCCACGUUGGGUCGCCGCGUGGGCGGCUGGGUCUUGGGUCGGUGGGGCAUGGCUCCAGUCUCAGAGAACUUGGAUUCCGAGAGCGAAGGCCGUAUUGCCGCCAUUCAAUCAGCACUUUCUUCAAAUUCCUCUGAAUCAACGCCAAGCAAGGUUCAUUCGCACGAGCCACCGACAGCUGAUCCCCCAUCAGCUCUCCAGUUCAGAUUCCCAGGCGUGAAUCAAAAAGGUCCAAUCAUGGGCCUCCGUGCUCCACCCCCAGCACCGAUUACCGUUCAAGUCCAAGGUAUAGAUGAGAAUCUGCUACGAGAAAGCCUUGCUGACAACACUUGA